UUAAUUUUGACGUCAUCAGCAGUAGACUCUUCCAAUAUUUGCAUCCUGUUGCUCUAAAGCAUGGAUCGUUGUUUAUUCCGGUUAUUACCGCUAUUUACACUCUCCCGCCGCGAGCCAAACCAGCACCGGGACUCCCGCACCGAGCGGAACCGGCACCAUGCUGCUGACGCAGCUCCCGGAGGACGUCCUUUACCAGGUUCUGCUGUAUUUGGGCGCUAAAGACCUCGGUCGCCUUUCUCAAGUCAGCAAGAGUCUCCAUGGCUUUGUAAACCGAGACGCGGUGUGGAAGAAGUUAGCUAAAGAAUGUUUAAACACCGGAAUUACGCGGAACGGGACGGACAUAUAUCCUGAUAUUCCUCUGAAGGAGAGGGUGAGGAUCGCUCAAAACUGGUUUAAUGGAGUCUGCAAAAGGUCACUUCCUCUCAAAUGGAAAACCAAACUGUUGCCAUGGCUACAGCUGGACAUGGAUGUGCUGUAUAUAUCUCAGGCUGCUCACAUCCGAGGAUAUCAUCUGGACCGGGACUCUAAGAAGCUUCGGCGAAGCCCAUCUGAAAUCUACUCCGGCCACCAGGGGGAUGUUUGCCGUUUCGUUCUCUCAGACUCUCACCUGAUCAGCGCAGGAAGUGAUGGUAACAUCCUGGUCCACAGCAGGAGAGGUGGCGUGUCUCUGAGGUUGUCGGGACACAGCCAGGAGGUUAACUGUCUGGACUCUAAGGAUGGACUCAUCAUCAGUGGCUCCAGAGACAGAACGGCCCGGGUUUGGACGUUAUCUUCCUACUCUCCUCGAGCGACCAUAGCCAUGUUUGACAGAGUGUGGUCUGUUGCCAUUAGUCCCACGUUAAGCUCCUUUGUGACGGGCACCGCCUGCUGUGAGAACUUUUUCCCUCUUCGUAUCUGGGAUGUUGAACGGUCGGCCUGCUUGUGCCAUCUGGGCUCAGACUUCCGCCGUGGAGCCGGAGUUUUGGACAUCCUGUUUGAGUCGCCCUUCCAGCUCCUCACCUGCGGCUACGAUACGUUUGUUCGACUCUGGGAUCUUCGACUCAGUCCUCAGAGAUGUGUGAUGGAGUGGGAGGAGCCUCAUGACAGCACACUCUACUGCAUCCAGACCGACGGAAACAACAUGAUCGCCAGCGGCUCGUCUCUGUACGGAGUCGUCCGUCUGUGGGACAAACGCCAGACUAAAUGCUUGCAGGUUUUCCAGCUUAGCCGUGAUGCUGCGAGCAGCCCGGUGUACUGCCUCCGGCUCAGCAGCUCUCACCUCUAUGCAGCUCUGGCUUCUGCUCUGCAUUCGCUGGACUUCCGACAGAACACCACGUCCAGCUGACGACACGCAAACUCCAACUCUUCUGAUGGAUUCGUUUAAUAAAGUCAUCUACUUUCACAGUAAA